AUGGAGAAUUUCAUACUUUCAUCCGAUUGUCAGCACGCUCAGGGUGGGCUUUGCUCCAAAUGUGUCCUUAAUCAAACUUUCUCAAUAUCACAGGCAGAAGAUAGGAGGCGGCGAAAUACAUCAAAUAACUCUAUCAAGAACAUCGGUAAUUUAAACAGUAGGAAUGGUUCGAGCACGAGUAUCAACUCUCAGGCGAAGGAAAAGGAGGAUUCUAGCAUUCACAGUCCACCUGUGAGCUUGCCCGUGCUGACGACUCAGCCUCAGAAUGAUUCCAUCGAUUGUAAUGAGACUCCCGAGUAUGUUUCGUUUGGUGAUUUGUUUGCGAAUGUUAAAAUUCAAGAAGAAAAUAACAAGGAAAUCGAACGGAUGGUUAAGCUUAGCCCCAGAGUGGAAGAGACGGAUUCAUUGCUUAUGAGACUGUUCAAAUCUGAUUUAUUUACUUUACCGAUUGCUCUUCAGUACUUGCAUUCGUCUACUGAAAAAGGUAUUCAGGAGUAUUUAGGGAGCCGUCUAGUAGAAUUUCCGGAUAAGGACGUAGAUUUUUAUAUUCCCCAAUUAAUUCAUUUAUAUGUUCAUCAAAGUGGAGUUGCUAAUGCUCUUCAAAAUUAUAUGGAAAUGAGGUGUAAAAGAAGCGUGCACUUCUCAUUACUUUGUCUUUGGCUAUUGGAAUCUUUCGCACCACGUGGAGUGCGAUUCAAAACAACAUCUAACAAUGCCGAAAAAUUACGGCAAUCGAUUCUGAAUGGUUUUGGAGCCGAGAACCAAGUUCUUUUGUUGUCGAAAAACCUUGAUGUUCAGAACGUAUCUAUUAGGAUGAACGUAUCGUUGCUUAGUCCUGCAAGUUUGGAUUUUAGGUUAUCAAGAUCAGAAAGCGCUGCAUCUUCUCUCUUCUGUUUGGCUCCUUCAUCACUUGCACUAGGUAGGACAUUGGAAGAUGCUUGCGAAUGCCUUUUAACAACUUCAAAUGAAAUUUGCCAGUGUAAAUACAAUCCUAAACGUUUAACCAUUGAAAAGGAGUUUGUUUCUUGGCUUACUGGUAUAGGAUUGAAACUCACAGGUUUCCCUACGAAACAGGAAAAAACAAGGCAGUUAAUUAACGAACUUGAAAUGCUGAAUAUGCAUUUACCUGCAAGGGUUUGGAUUCCUCUUCAUGAAAACCACAUAGUUCUUCGUAUUCCUCCAACUAAUAGCUGUGUCUUGAACAGCAAAGACAAAGCGCCAUAUUGCAUUUAUGUGGAAAUCUUGCAUUGUGAUACACGCACAGUUAAAGUGCCAAAACGACUGAGUGAAUCGGAUAAUGAACUCAUCUAUCACUUGCGGAACGAAUCGCCCGAUUUAAGUGGGAGUAAUCCGUUUGAGAAUCCUCUGAAUUUUGACUACGAUACUCAUGAAAUCACGGUUGUGGACGAUGCCCGAUCCGAGAUGUUGCGGGAAAGUAGCGUUGCCCCUGAUCCGGCCUGGGACACUAUGUCGCUCGAAACUUCUGUGUCAGAGCCCGUUUUAGGCAGCAACUACUUACAAGCCAGAAAAUUGGGACGAAAAUUCAAGAGCUUGAUGAAAGCUCAUCCAGACGACCCGUCAGCUUCUACUUUGAGCGAGCCGUGGGAUGAAAAAAGAGAAAGGAUUCGAUUAGCUAGUCCUUACUGUCGGAUGCCUGGAUGGGAUCUUUUACCCGUAAUUGUGAAGAGUGGAGAUGACCUCUCACAGGAACUUUUGGCUUAUCAAUUGUUGCAUACAUUCAAGUCGAUUUGGGCUGAAGAGAAAGUAAGCCUUUAUUUACGUCCAUAUAGAAUAUUAGUAACGUCCACCGAUUCCGGUAUGAUCGAGCCUGUUGUUGAUGCAUGUUCUCUACAUCAGAUUAAACGCAAUCAAUACACUGUUAUGAAAGAAGAAGGAAAAACUGGAACUCCUUGUUUAUUAGAUUACUUUGUGGAUACUUUCGGACCGAAAAGAUCAGAUUCGUAUAUGAGAGCUCAAUUGAACUUUGUUGAAAGUUGUGCUGGUUAUUCCCUACUUUGCUAUUAUCUCCAGUUGAAAGACAGACAUAAUGGUAACAUUCUCAUAGAUUCCGAGGGGCAUCUUAUCCACAUUGAUUUUGGAUUUAUUCUCUCUUCAUCUCCAAGGAACUUAGGCUUUGAAACAGCUUCUUUCAAACUCACUACAGAAUUUAUUGACGUCAUGGAUGGUUUUAAUUCCCCCCUGUUCUGCUAUUAUAAGGUUUUGAUAAUAAAAGGGUUGAUUGCUACAAGGAAGCACCAUGAGAAAAUUCUCUCACUCGUAGAUAUGAUGAGUAAAAGCUCAAGAUUGCCGUGCUUCCGUGCAGGGCCUGCUGUCGUCAAAGCUUUGCAAGAGCGUUUCCAUAUAAACUAUACAGAUAAACAGUUAGAAGUUUUGGUGAAUACGAUGGUUGAUCAGAAUCGGGACUCCUUAACUACACGCUUGUACGAUAAUUUCCAAUAUUAUACGAAUGGCAUCCUGUAA